AAGAUUUGGCUCAAAUGUGACUUGCCCCACUUUGGGGGAUGCCCGCACCUGCGCGCAUGCCGUGUUGCGCUGAAGCCUUACAUGGGCCAUCGGAGAAGAUCCAGGCCAGAGAAAGAGGCGCCUUCGUCAUGGAGGAGAAGACUGUGAAAAAUGCAGCCCCCCGGGAAGGAUCUGGCGUUCCACAUCUUAAGUUAUCUCUGUCAGCGUUACAUUGGCAGCAAGAGCAGGCUCUCGCUAGCAUAUCGUCUUUGAUUGAAGAGGUCGAAGCGCUGCAAUAUGAGAAACCUUUUCAUGGUGCAGAGCGUUGGGAGCCCGAGAAGAUGCAACAUCUGCAGCCGCAGGUGAUGGACAGGAGUGGCGGCAGCCAACCCGAGCAGCUUAAGAAGUGGGAUGAAAAACCAGUGAAGCCGGCCAGUGCCAUGAGAAGGUAUGAGGCGCUGAUGCAGCCUCAAGACUCAGGAGAGGUGAAGCGAGGCCCCACGUUGAAGGAGGAUGGCUUCCUGCCAUGCCUGGAGUGGUGGUGUCUGAGCAUCGUGAGCCACAGAUACUAUGACUAUGUGAUUGGUUUGCUCAUUCUAAUCAACUCCGUAUUGGUCGGAGUAGAGGUACAAUUGAGCCUGGAAGGUAUUACAAUAAGCUGGAUGCAGCCAUUGGACAAUGCUUUCAUUGCGGUGUACUGCUUGGAGAUUGCCAUGCGUCUCAUAGCGUAUGGCUGGAAGAUGUGUUUUGCGGAUACCUGGUUCCUGCUUGACUUCGUUCUUGUGGUCCUGGGUCUUAUCACAACCUUAGUCCUAGAGUUGGGUGGGGGCGAGAUGGGCAUUUUGGAAUCAGUCUUGGUGAUUCGAGCUAUGCGCUUACUUCGGCUGAUCCGGGCCUUGCGCAUGCUCAAGUACUUCAGAACUGUUUGGCGGCUGGUAUAUGGCCUGCUGACGUCGCACAACGCCAUGUUCUCAACGAUGGCUCUGAUCCUGCUGACUUUGUAUAUUUUUGCUUGCCUUGGCGUGGAGCUGAUCACGAAAGAUGACGACCUGGCGACACAUCCUGACACACAGCUCAUCGUGGCAGUCAAUUUUUCGUCAGUUCCUGGAACCAUGUUGACCCUCAUGCAGUUUGUGACGGUAGAUUCCGUCGCCUACUUCUAUCUGCCCCUCAUCCAUCGAAAGCCCAUACUGGCGCUCUACUUUUGCGCCAUUGUGCUGAUCGUGUCCAUCGCGCUCAUGAAUCUGGUCACAGCGGUGCUGGUGGAGGGAGCGCUAGAAAAUGCCCAGAACGACAAGGCGGCUGAGAAGAUGGACCUACAGGAGAAGCUGCGCCGCGCUGUCCCGAAGCUUCGUCAAGUCUUCCUUGCAAUGGAUGCCAACGGCGAUGGAAAUGUGUCUCUGGAGGAGAUUGAAGCUGUCCCCAUGGAUGUUCUACCUCAAGAGUUGUUUGAGAAGAGCGCGGUGAGCAGCAUGCAGGAAAUCUUUGAAGUGCUCGAUGUGGAUGGAGGUGGGGAGCUAUCGCAAGACGAGUUUGUGGAUGGACUCCUGGACAUCUUCUUCCGCGAUAUACCGCUCGAGACAGUUCAAACCCUGAAGCUCCUCAGACUAGUUGAACACCGCCUGCACAGCGUGAAGCAGACCAUGGAUAUGCUCCAACAGAUUGUGCAGGAAGCUCAGUCGGCGCAGGUGCCGCUCGGCCCGGAGCACUCCAAGCACUCGGAGAGCUUUAGAAAGUUGCUUGCUUGACCAGCGAGAGGUGCAUUGCAGCCGCAGGUGUGCGCCGGCUUGCGGCUGUGUGCGGUCGUGGUCGGCGAUGUUUCACCACGGUUCCGGGAGAGUCGGGUCUCAGGCGACUCAUUCACAUCUCAUUUCCACGGUGUUCCAUCUCAUUUCCACGGUG